CUGCAGCUCGUGGUGAUAUUAAAACAUGGGAAUGAUCGAGAACUUUCUGAUUACAUAUACAUAUAUAUAUCGUUUUGUCUUUUAGUUCUAUUUGAUGUAUAUAAUCUGUGAUGGCUCUGUAGUCUUUAUUUACGGAAGUAGGCGAGGGUUUAAACGCUAUUUGUGGAGAGCAGCUCGCGUUUCAUGGGCAUCACUGCAACGCCAUGACGCAUCUCACACUCCUCUCCUGCUGCAACUCAAUAAAAUAUGAAUCACCAGAUCGCCGGCGAGGUGACGCUGCUUUGGGCGCAAAUGCCAUUUAAAUAGUCAGGGGAAAGGGGGUGUGGCGCUAAACCGUCGCCCAUUCACCAAAACAACACACGCCCAGAUCUCGUACAUUUGGGUCUCUGCAGGGUUUGUGUGUGCUCGGACUCUCGGUGGAGGUGCACAGGCCGGUCCAUCCUCAGCUGCUGCAGGUCGAAGCCGAUUCCUCCUCGCGUUACGCACAUCCAGAGCUUAUAAAUGUGGAGCCCGAGAACAGCAGUGGCCUGCACAGGAGAGAAGAUGCGACAGCGACGGACCAUGAUCCAUGGUUGAGCUGUGUGUGACAGAGAGGAUAUUGAAUGCCUCUAAAAACCUCAAGGCUGUGAGCCCUGUGCAGGGUGGUGAUGAGCAGUCAGGGCAGCAGCAGCAGGGGAAGUGGCCAGCAUUCUGGCACUCCUCCCCCUCGCCAUGUCCCUAGACCCAAGCUGCAGGUGCAGCGCUCUGUCUCUCGUGACACCAUCACCAUCCACUUCUCUGCUCUGGGAAAGGAGGAAGAUGAUGAAGAGGAGGAGCUUUAUGGGGCACAGGUUGGAGCUACAUCUGAGCUGGAAGGGGCAGAGGAGCUGCAAGGACAAGACGCCUCUGGAGCCGACGACCAGUCUGUCACCACGGGAUUGGAGGCAAAAGAGGAGCUGCUGUUUGAAUCCGCUGGCAUGGACACAUUAUCUGGAGCUACUGUGCUCGCUGUUUCUUCGCCCACCCUGUCUGUGCAGCCCUCAGACCCUCACCCACACACACCCUCUGCAGCCAUGACUAUUAUCACCAACUCCACCCUCUCCCACCUGAGCUCCACACCACCUACCAGCUCCUCCUGGCCCUCUGACAGACCCACAGCUAAUUCUCCAGCCACAACCUCCAGCUCCUUUUCCCCUUGUAAGUCUGCAGCGCUGUCAUCCUCCAAACCUUUUCUCAGCCUCGUCAGGUCUUUGUCCAAUGACAUGGAGUCACGAGAAUCCACCUCUGCGCCCACCACUGUUACACCAUCCCACGCACGGCACCGGCACUUAAUGAAAUCUUUUGUUAAGUCUCUGUCCACGGACACUUCGAAGGCUGAACAUCAAGAUGGGCCUCCUCAUCCCUAUCUUCAUCAGCAACUGCAGCAAACACAGCCAUCCCAUAGACCUCCACCUCGCAACAUGCAGCUCUUCAAGCAGUUCUCCCAGCCUCGUUUAUCCUCCAGCCCUGUCAUUGUCACUCAAACAGGUGGCGACUCCAAAACGGCCCCUUGUUCCCCAAUCAUGUCCCCAGAUGGUAGGUCGUUCUUCAAAGUCCAAGAGGUGGAGGCCAAGAUAGAAGACACCAGGCGGCGGCUGUCUGAGGUGAUGUCUGACCCGCUGCAGCUUUUCAGUAAGAUCAUAGGGGAUGAGUCUGGUAUAGCAGCCGGUGGAAGUGCCACUCAACGAGCCAAAUUUCUGUCCUCCAGCGCGUCAGAGCUCAGCGGAGCAGCAGCCGUAAAUGGACACGUAGAAGGUAGCAGCAACUACAGCAUCAAGGAGGAGGAAGGGACAGAAGGUGAAGAAGAGGAACAAACACCCACAGGCAAAGGCUCAGACUCUGUUUUUUUCUCCUUCCCAUCACUGACACCAGCUCCAACCCUGCCUCAGGCCUCCUCAUCCACUCUCCACAAGUCUCCUUCGCUCACUCUGGGCCACUGCUCGAUGUCAGCUCUGGUAGCUCGACAGGAAGACGAGGACUUCUGUGAACUGUACAGCGAAGACUUUGAGUUAUGUACUGAUACCGAGACACCAGAUGGGGAUCAUCCUGGGUCUCGGCAGCCACAUACUGGUAGCACUGGUUUAUGCAGUGAACUUGAUGUGGAGGAGGAGAAAGUGGAGGAGGAGGAGGUGGACAGUGUGCCAGUGACUGGCCUCAUCUUCUUAACACAGUUGGUGUACUGGUACUUAGUCCUUCCAGUGCCACCCUGUGCAUGUGCAGUGGUGCAUGGUAUAGCAGUAGGGUUCAUGCUGGCCUUGCUGGUCCUUUGGCUGUCCUCUACACGGCGCUCCUUAUCAGGCUCAAGAAGAAAAAGAGAAAGGAUAGGGCACUGGAAUGUUGCCCAAUUGGAUAUAAAAGAACCAGGAAUAUUCAAGGGCUGGAUGAAUGAGAUCCACAGCUAUGACCCGGAGAUGUACCAUGCCACCCUGACCCACUCUGUUUACGUCCGUCUAGAGGGCUCCAUCUUGCGUCUGUCCAAGCCCAACCGGAACAUCUCCCGCCGUGCUACACACAACGAGCCUAAACCUGAUGUCACCUACAUCAGCCAGAAGAUCUAUGACUUGACCAACAGCAAGAUCUACCUAAUGCCCCAGAGCUUGGCUAGGAAGAGGGUUUGGAAUAAAAAGUACCCCAUUUGCAUUGAGUUGGCCAAGCAGGAAGACUUCAUGUCCAAGGCCCAGGGUGAGAAGCCUGAAGCUGGGGAGGACAAAUUAACAGGGCCGGGGGAGAAGCUAGAACGAACAGACAAAGUGGAGAAAGCUGAAGGAUCAGAAUCGGCAGAUGAGUCCAAAAGACCGGCUUCUGGAGGAGGGGAUCUUACAAUCUACCUGUUUGGAAGGACGGGUCGAGAAAAGGAAGAGUGGUUCCGGAGAUUUCUCUUUGCAUCCAGAAUGAGGACGGAUGGGAGAGGUGGCAGUCUGUCUGGCAUCUGCAAGAGUGCCUUCCUAUCCUCCUACAGCCGCAGUAGCAGCACCCAGUCUGGUGGAGGCCUGGAGGCUGACAGCAGGAGCAGCAGCCGGGGAAGUUUAGAGGAGCUCGCGCAGUUGCGUCACAGAGAGACCUCCUCGUUUCUGUCCUGUGGCUCCACUCUAGGGAUGAAGCAGAAGAUGCUGUUGGAUUAUAGUGUUUACAUGGCCAAAUAUGUCAACCCAGAAGCACCACAGGAAAAUCCAGCUGCCACUGACAGUCCUGAAAACAGCCCUGUGAGCAGCCCCAAAACUACCAAAAAGUUGCGCAGGAGUUCAGAGGAGACCGAGGAGCCUGAAGCGUGGGUCAAUGCUUUUCUGGGAAGGAUAUUUUGGGACUUCCUGGGAGAGAAGUAUUGGGCCGAUGUAGUCUCCAAAAAGAUCCAAAUGAAGCUUAGUAAAAUCAGGCUACCAUAUGUUAUGAAUGAGCUGACUUUGACAGAGCUAGAUAUGGGUUUUUCCAUCCCUAAGAUUCUCCAUGCCUCUAAACCCUCUGUGGAUCACCAAGGCCUGUGGUUUGAUCUGGAGGUCACAUACACGGGAUCCUUCCUCAUGACACUAGAGACCAAGAUGAACCUGGCGCGUUUGGGGAAGGAGGGCGAGGGACUUGGGGAGCAUGGGAAAGAAUGGCCCAGGCCACGGACUUACUGCCUGGCAGACAGUGACGAGGAGUCAUCUAGUGCUGGCUCAUCGGAUGAGGAGGAUUCCCAAGAACCCUUUGGUGAAAAACCUCUUCUGCCCGGAACAGAGGGCUAUGUGGGAGGCCACAGGCCCAGCAAGAUCAUGCGCUUUGUGGACAAGAUAGCCAAGUCAAAGUACUUCCAGAAAGCCACAGAAACAGAGUUCAUAAAGAAGAAGAUGGAGGAGGUGUCCAACACGCCGCUGCUGCUCACCGUGGAGGUGCAAGAGUGUCGUGGGACGCUUGCUGUCAACAUCCCACCUCCCCCCACAGACAGGAUAUGGUAUGGUUUCCGAAGUCCGCCUCACCUGGAGCUGAAAGCACGGCCUAAACUGGGUGAGAGAGAGGUCACUCUAGUGCAUGUGACUGAAUGGAUUGAGAAGAAGCUGGAUCAGGAGUUCCAGAAAAUAUUUGUGAUGCCAAAUAUGGACGACAUUUGGCUCCCUAUAAUGCACUCUGCCAUGGACACGCGUUCAAAUGCCAACUUGGUUACUGUGACAAAUGAUGCCUUGAAGGACCCAGAACCAGAGGAGUCUGAGGUCUCCGACAUGUGAAGACUGCUGGCCAAAGUGUACACUGAUGGGACAUUUUAUCACCAUGGCAAUAUGACAAGUUCCCACCCGCUCAGACACCACACGAGCAGCAGUGGGCCAGGUCCGCUCACCAAUGUUUUUACCCAUUCCCUGGUCCUAUUGUUGCACCAGUCAUUAAAUGCACUCACACAACUGGAAGUGCUGGUGGGCUUGCAAUCAUUUUUGCCACUAUAAGCAGUACAAACUAAAUUUUUUUGUGACACCAAAUAUGAUGAUUCUUUGAUGAAAGACAAUUUAGGCCACGUGUUUAACAAAAAGUAUGGCGGUGGAUUAAUAAAUAGCCAUCUGAUUAAAUCAAAAACCAUUGUACCUGUGAUGUACAGAUAAUCCAAACAUCGUAGUUGUACAGUGUAAACCUUUUGCGCAGCCUUUCUAAUUGGGUGGUUUAUUGUUGCUCAAACUCAUUCAUGAAGUGUGAGUGAGGGAAUAAUCCUGAAAUGUAGGAAUGACUGCUGAAAGACCCCCCAUGUCUGUUAAAACCCAUUUCAAAGGGGAAUCUAAAGUCAUUUAUCACUCACCACACUGCUGCCUGUGUCAGCCGCCUGGUACUUACCAUAUGCAAACAGAAGAGUGGCGCUGUGUAUAUUAAAGUCAGUUUAUAGACACUUAUAAUGUACAGCUAGUGUGCUUUGUGGUGGGGAUUAGAGCUGAAACUGACUUUUAGUAAGGUGAAUUAAAAAAAUAUAUCAGCAUACACAGGAGCUCAACAUUGCUUAGGUCUGAUGAAUGUAUAGUUAGGAGUGCAGCUCUCUGUCUCACUUGAGGAAGAGCUCAUUCACUGACAGUGUGCUUCAAUGCAACAUGCUUCAAGACUUCUUUUUGUAUUUCAUGAAGUGAGCAGGAGUUUCAGUUUUUCCAGUUCUUAAACAACUUUGUGAGGUGAUGAAUAAGCAAUUAAAUUAUAGUGUUCCCAUCAAGACCACUUCGGUGAUAUGUAGGCCAAGAUUGGAUAUUGUUACAUAAAUGUGAGCGAGGGACCAACAGGAGACUGAAACCUUUACUUAGACACAACAGAUGUUUUCAAGAGCAGGAAAAAAUACCCAUUUCUAACCAUUUUAUUUUGGUGACAUACUGGAUAUUAGCCAUAUUACGUACUGUUGUCGGCAGACAUCCAGCUAAUGAAUGCUCAUUUCUGUUGAAUUAUUCAUGGAUUUGUUGUUUUUGUAGUGUACACGGAUAAGAGGAGUAACACCAAUGAACUAGAACAGCAAAUUUUAAAUUUGCCAAGACACUCCGCUGCUUUACAGAUGAACUGUACAUAUUUUACAUUAAAAUGUGUGUGUUGGCUAAGUGUAUAAGGCAGAAAGUGCCUUUAAAAUAAACAUUCCUCCAUUGUGAUCCACCACAUUAGUUGCAUCAAUUGCGGUCAGAUUUAAAAAAAAAAAAACGUUUUUGUGCCAUUACUUGUCUGUGAAGACACGUCCUUUGUUUCCACAAGUUUCGGUCCGUGUUGUUCAUUUUCAGUGAUGGAAAAAAACAUUACUGUUGUGUUCAGUGAUGUCACAGAAUGUUAGUUCUGAUCAUUGUGGAUCAAAUAAACCCUUUGCUUGUAAAUA